AUGGCCAGCGAGAUAGCGAAGGGCUGUAAUUACUUGGAGUCGAUGGGCCGCACGCACCGGGAUCUCAGCGCCCGUAACAUCAUAUUCAUCGCCAAGAACCUGUCGGUGCGGAUCAGCGACUCGGGCUCCUAUCGGGACAAAUAUCGGGCCGACUAUUUCAACGGUAUGCCCAUACGGUGGAUGAGCCCGGAGUCGAUCAUCGACGGCCGAUUCAGCACCAAAUCCGAUGUCUACAGCUUCAGCACAACCUUCUGGGAGAUCCUGACGUACUGCAAGUCGCGGCCCCACUACGAGCUGUCUGACCAGANAAUACAUUAA